GCCACAGUGACACAUAACUCACACUUAUACGGCUGCUUAUUUAAACCUGGAGGGCAGUGCGGGUCUGCAUGCAUCACACACACACACACACACACACCCUCCUGAGGGCUUCAUCAGUGGAGGCAGAGCUCUGAAUCAGCCACUGCAGCACAGGUCCUGAAUAAGAAACAGCUGACAGAUAAGACCCAUCAGCACCAGGGUUGUGUGUGUUAGGGAUCCAAGCUGGCGGGGGACAGAAAGCACGGCUCAUCGGAGGUCAACAGUGAGGGAGAUCCAGGAGGCAGAAGGCUCCCUGAGCCGAAUGGUGUGAUGGUGCGAGUGGAGGUGGAGCAGGAGGUUCCCAUGUCGGUGGCAUUGCCCAUCGAGGUGCAGCCCGACCCGGCACUCCAGCCAUUCCCUUUUCUGGACACAACGCUGGCCGAUCUAGGCAUCCAAGAGUCAGACGUAAGGGAGAGGGUGGUGUGGGUGGACACCAAGAAGACACAAGUUACGAACAAAACCGGGAAGCUGAAGGAGAAGGAAAUCACCGUCCUGGAGGUGAGAGUGAAAGCCAAGAAGCCCGGAGACAAGCAGCUCCAGGAGGUCCUAUACAGCACCGAGGCCCACACCGACUGCUCCUUCUGCCGCACGGGGAUGAGCAUUCAGCCCUGGAAACAGGCGUGUGCAGGAAACGGCGAGCUGGCACCUGUGGAGAUGACCAUGAUGUUAGACGUGGAGAACCAGCAGCCGGGUUUUACCCAGACUCAGGACCAGCGAGAGAUCUGAGCAAUCACACAACCACCACAGUGCAUGAGGGGAAAGAAGGUGUAAUCUAUGUAAAUGACCAGUUUAAGACUAAAUCAAGUGUUAAACCUUAAGUAAACUCAGCUAAGUGACAAUCUCCAAACUUGUAUAAAUUUUCAUGCUUCUGUCCUAGUUUCUGUUUUUUACACUAAAAUGUUUCACUAACAGAAUUAAAAAUGUCAAAGGAGGAUUAGCGGUGCAGUAACCUAGUGUGUGUGUGUGUAACAACAUUAAAGAGUGACGAGUA